AUGACAAAGCAAGCUAACAAAUUGAGUGCCCGCACACCCGCCACAGUGCGCCAGUCACUGUACGUGAUGCCGCUGCUUCUUCUGCUGUUGUUUCUGUGCUGCGCCUGUGUGUGUGUUGCGCAGAAGGACGGCGGCGUGCAGUCGACUGGUGUUGUGCGCGAGUUGCCCCGCAAGGGACAGAGUGGUGUGCAGGCGUACACCGUCUCCGCACAGGAGAAGGACGACAAAGAGUGGAAACUAAUCCGCAUUAAAGCGUCAACAAAAGACUUGGAAGAUGCAUCGAGGUAUUGUACUAAGAUUGGGGAGCAAAUCAUUGAUUUUGAGGGGGACGAAGUUGUAUGUGAUGAAGAGGAUAUCCUUACCGAUGAAAAGAAGAAAACUAUUAUCAACACGAUCCUUCCCGCUGCCAUCAAACUACACAAGGAUCGUCUGCGUGUACAACCUCAUGAAGGCAAACUAAAGGUGCCCAAUUUUGAAGAUGGAAGUGAUUGUGAGUAUUUUACUGUACCUGAUGAGCACCACACUGAGGGUGUUGAAAAUGCUGACUUUGUGUUCUACGUGGGGUCUGGACCGGGGACAUCAUUUGGUGUCACAUGUGCCCCAGAAGAUUUGUCAAGUCGUCCAAUCGCGGGUGCCAUGAAUAUUGCGGUAUUUAAAUACGCUGGCCUGCGGUUGAGUGUUCGCAGUAUUGCACACGAGAUGGCACAUGCACUGGGUUUUGACUAUGAGCGGAUGAAGGAACUUAAUAUGGUGACUACUGUCACUAAUGUGCGUGACAAGGAUCGGGUUUUGGUGAAUACCGCAGUGACGAAGGAAAAGGCACAGGAACACUACAAUUGUCCUGAGCUGCAGGGAAUGGAGCUGAAUAACGAAGAACAAGAGGAAGGUGAGGAUCAAGAGGAGGAUGAAGUCUCAUCUCACUGGUCUGUACGUCUCGCGAGGGACGAGUUGAUGGCUCCACCAACGGGCCUUACCGCCGGUUACUAUACAGCACUGACAAUGUCAACAUUUGAGGGUCUGGGGUACUACAAGGCAAACUGGGGAAUGGAGGAACCAAUGAGCUGGGGCCACAAGGGCGGAUGCGAUUUCAUUAAUGGGAGCUGCAUGACCAACGGUGUUACAGCGUUUCCGAAAACGUUUUGUAACGAUACUAAGUUUCGCUGCACGUCGGAUCGACAUGCUAUCGGACGUUGUGAAUUAAGCAAGGAUGUGGAAUCGAAGGUUUUUUUGGACCAAUGUCCUACCAUGGAGCCCAUUUGGAAGCUGGAAGGAGAAGAAGAAGAAGAAGAAGAAAGCAGCCCCACCAGCCUCUGUACGGAUGGCGAAGAGGGCUUGUUUCCCGGCUCAUUGACCGGUGAAGACUCGUGGUGCCUCGAUGCGGAGUCACUCACUGUGGUGACUAAUAAAAGAAGCAUGCGUAACGCUAUCCGCGGCGUGUGUGCGCGGGUGAAGUGCAGCAGUGGUGGUGGAGUGAAAGUGCAGUACAAGGGUAACGACAAAUGGCACGACUGUCCCGAAGGUAAGUCCAUCGAUGUCAGAUCCUCUGCAUUUACAAAUGGUAAGAUCAAGUGCCCCAAAUACGAUGAGGUGUGCACCAUCACACCGGAUGGCAGAAGCAGAUUGUCCAUGAAUGUUGAACUCGACAGCACACGCAGGGCUGCUGCUCUCUCUGCUCUUGUGCCUCUCGCCAUGACCUUCACUCUGAUGGGUCUUCUGUGA